GUGGAGAGAGAGAGAGAGACGGGUCUGGCCAUGAGCGGGCAGUGUGUGAGGCGGCGAGCGGAGCCGGCCUGGGUCCCGGGGAGGAGGGGAAGCAGCUCUCUCUGGUGAGUGAGUGAGUGUGUGUUUGAAUGAGAGAGGGAGGGAGCGGGAGGCGGCCUUCUCCCUCCUUCACCUCUCUCCCCCUCCUCCUCCUCCCGAGUGUCCGGCGGAGGGCUUCCCGAUGACUGCGUGGCUGAUCCUGCCCGCCAGCCUGUCCGCCUUCUCCAUCACCGGCAUAUGGAUCGUCUACGCGAUGGCAGUGAUGAACCACCACGUGUGUCCUGUCGAGAACUGGUUGUAUAACGAGUCCUGCUCGGAGGAGACAGCGAAACAGGACUAUCCCAAAAGCUGCUGCACCGUUCAGGAUAUCCCAUUGGUCAGUAAGUGUGGUUCGUACCCUCCUGAAAGCUGCCUCUUCAGUUUAAUCGGCAACGUGGGGGCUUUUAUGGUGGUGGUGAUCUGCGUCCUCCGCUACGGUCAGAUUCUGGAGCGGUGCCGCCCCAUGUGGAUCAACACCGGUGCCCUGGUCACCGGCUGUGUCAACGCGGUCGGGCUGAUCAUGGUCGGAAAUUUCCAAGUUGACCACGUCAAAAGCUUGCAUUACAUCGGGGCUGGAGUGGCCUUUCCCGCGGGAAUGGUCUUUGUCUGCCUCCAGUGCAUCCUGACCUACAAAGUGGCGAUAUCACUUCUGGAUCACUGGAUAGGCCACAUCAGGGCUAUCCUCACCAUCUUGGCCUUAAUCUCUCUCGUCCUCAGUGGCAUCUUCUUUAUCAACGAGAGCUCAAUGUUCCAACACGCCGCUGCCGUCUGCGAGUGGAUCUUCACCGUCGACGUGCUGGUCUUUUACGGGACUUUCUCCUUCGACUUUGCCUCGAUCACCAACGAGACCGUGCUGGCCAUUAUGAGGAGGGGGAAGAGCAAGCCCUCAAAAUCCCCGGGGAGCAGUGCGUCCGCCCACCUCAACAGCAACCCAGAGAGCAUCGCCAUGAUUUAACGGCUGCAUUCUGGAAUCCACACAGUCACCCUCCCCGCUUCAGAGCUGCGCACGGGUUCGGAGGUAAAAUGUGAAUUGAUGGCUGCGUGUCGUGUACCACGCCCCUUUAUUUCCCCCAAAAUGACUCCCCUUGGCAGUGCAGAGCUUGAAUAACCCUGAAGCGAGACACUUGUGGUCGCAUCCUAACCUCAUUUGGACCCACGCAAGAAUGCCAAAUUCUAUAAUCGGGAGCCGAUGGUUUGCUUUCGUGAUGGCAACACCCUGGCCCGUCAAGAGUCCAGCUGCGCUCUGCCCUCUUGUGGUAGAGAUUUGCGCUGCUCAUGUGAAAUUUGGCAUUCUUGCACGGAAGUCCUGAAGAGCGUGCAGGGUGGGGAAAAAAAAAGUGCAUUGCAUCUGUUCGCCGCACAUUGUCGUUUCCUGCAGCCGAAACGGGGCUCUGCUGACUUUGUUGUUCGGCUCCCAGCGAAGAAAGGAGGAGCAACACCAAAGGUAAAAAAAAAACAACCUCUCCAAAUCGAAGGGAAAGUGGCAGGGAAUGCAGUCGCCGGGUGACGGUGCCUGGGCCUUCACGAGGCGACAAUUAGCACCACAGUCGCCCAAGCCGCCGUCUCACCGGUUCUGUGGUAAAUCUUGGUACCAAUGUAAGUUUCGAUGAACCAAAAAAGACAGGGGGUGGUGCAGUCCUGUCGACUCACCAAGCACGGUACGUUUCAGCGACACCAAUUUCCCAUAAAUGUGAACUGUAACCUUGUCUUGUUUUCUCCCUCUCACGUACAGUGUGUGACCCCAGGUAGCUGAAAGGUAGAUAACACUGCCAAUUCUCUCGCCGCACAUCGCUUUUGAUCUCCCCAUCCCCGGCUUUCACUUAUUUUUGUCUCUCUCGCGAGGUAGAGAGAGCGUAUUAAACACAAAAGAAGUGGGUACGGCUUUCAGAUCAAAGGUAGUUUUCUUUGAUCGGUUUUUGACACUUUAUUUGUUCACAAACAAAGGUGGGUCCCCUGCUCUGAGUUUGCUUACCUAGGCCGAAGGAAGGAAGGGGCUGGGUGCUGUUGGGAUACGUCAGGUGCAUCCCUUGUGAGCCCACCAACCACUCGUACACUUGCGAAGCAAGAAAGGUUACCCUCUUUGCUCAGGGGGCCAAACCAGCCAAUCGGCAUUCGAGCCUGAAAGAGAGGCCGCUGUCAUGGUUACAGAGUGGAUGGAGAGACCUUCACCUUGCUCUGCUGUCCAGGUGGACUCUGGCUGAACUGUCAGCUAACUCUACACUGCACGCCUUUGUCCCACGUAACUUUUGUCAACAAAAACUCUUGAUCAAUCUCAGGUUUAAAGUUUACAGUUGAAUGUGUGCCAGUUUGCUGUGUGAGGGAGUUCCAAACGGUGACUCUGCUUUGUAGAAAUGUUUCCUAAUGUCACUCCUGAAGGCUCUGGCUGUCUCAUUUUAAGACUUGUAGACCUGGACGCCCAAACCAGCGGGAACUGUAUCUCGCUGUUUUGUCUUGUGUCUUCCCUUUCAUUUGGAUGGAAAAUUGUCAGCUCGGUGUGAGGCGAAACAGCUCCCAGCAUUGUACUAAGUGCGGUCAAAAAGGAACAACAGACAGAUAGGGAAGACUUGCCUUUUCUCGAGUGCUCUCUCUCGGGCAUCAGACACUGCAAACUACUUUGGAACCAACGAAGGUGAUUUAAAAUGAGCCCAGACAGCUCACCUCACUAUCUGACUCCGUUGAUCUGUAUCACUUCACAUCCAUAAAAUGUGAUUUCUGUGGAGCUGCAGUCUGACACCAGCCUCUCGUGGAAGAGGACCUUUAAAAGUAAAAAUCCCAGCUCUUUGGUGAAAGGAUGCUGUAUCACAGUUUACUGGGGUGUACAGAUUCUACACUGCAGGGAAGACUGGGUCAGCCUCACUUGGAGGUAACGGUGUGGUAGCCACUGAAUUACAGACACCCCCCUCGCCCUUGCCAAUGAGGUAGAUUCCUGACUGAGGUGUUGCUGCUCCCUGAAGCUGUUAACACACCCUUUACCUACUCAGCAUGGUCACUGAGCACUCACUCGGGGUCCUGUGCCCAGUACGAUUGGCACCUUGUUGUGAAAUACAAAACCACCCCCACUACCAUCGAGAAGAAGCCUCCUCUCACUCACCAACUCCAAACAAGCCCUGGAGGCACCAGCUCAUUGGAGUUGACUUAACUUUUGUGGACAGUACAAAUCAGGAACACUGGCUAUAAAGUCAGUUUGGCCUCCCAGUGGAUUGAAAUCGGAGAGGGAAGGGGUUUGAAUGCUGUGAACAAUGAAUUCACUCCAAAUUUAAAAUAAAAAGCUGCUUAUAAGAGGGGUUUAUAUCAACGAGAGUGCCUGGAAUUCUUCAGGCGCUCAAGGAAUGUUAAACAGAAGAGAAACUAGGUUCAUUAACCACAACUGCCUCAGGACCCCAGACUGCUCCCAGACACCACAACCACUUUUGAAGAACUAACAUUUCGGUGGUUGGACAGAUCUGAGAGGGGUGGGGACACGUCCUCUGGCUUUGUCUGUUUUGAAUUUAUUUAUUUUUUAAGAAGAAAAGGGAAACACUCGCUUACUGUGAAAUUUUGUAACAAAAAAUCUUUUUAAAUUCUUCUGUCUCGACGUCGGAGGCCUCGCCUUUUCACCAGGUUCCUGCAGGAGAAAUGUUCAGCACUACCUUGGAAAUUAUCUUGUGUCGGAGCCUUUGAAAUGAACCACCGACUUCGAAGAUCAUGUGUCAGGAAUCGCAUUUGUUUUUUAAAAAUAAACGUAUUUUUAAA